AUCGGCGCGUGUAGAGAUGGUGAAGCUUUUCUGUUCUAUUGUUGGUGUGGCGGGAAGCGCGUUCUCCGUGGAAGUAGACGAAGGCAAAACUGUGGAUGACUUGAAGGAAGCGAUCAAGGCGAAGAAGGCCAACGACUUCAAAGAGGUUGAUGCAGACAAGCUGCAGCUCUUCCUGGCGAAGAAGAAGAAAGGCGCUGGGGUGUGGCUAACGGAGAACGACGUGAAGGACGGUGUCAGUGACACGAGUGAUUUGAAGCUAUUGGGCGUUGCAGGAGCGCCGCUCAGCUUGGUUGGCUUGUCGGAGAAGGACGUCAAGUUCGUACCCACGCUAGAGGAUGUCGAGUCGAUGAACACACCUGUUCACGUGCUGGUGGUGGUUCCGGAGCAAGACGGUACUAUCUCAAAAGAGAUGUCUGCAGCGACAACGCCACUGACUGUAGAGCAAGUGGAGAUGUCAAUGAAUAAGGUCCUCAGGGAACGAGAUGAGAAGGCGUCUGCGUAUUCGUUUUCCGAUCUGAAUACUGCGAUGGAAGAGCGAAUUGUCAAGAAGAUGCGCUUGACCGAAAAUAUUCCUGAUGUCAAGGAGCCAGUCGAUACUUCCAUCGCCGGUUAUUUGUGGAUGCCAAAAAUCGUGGAGAGCGAGGAAAGUCAAAGGGCUGGGUACAUGGCGUACUUGCAGCAGCAUUUGAAGACGCUGAUAGAUCGAGGAGACUUCUUGUUGGAUGACAUUGCGGGCGAUAAAUCAGUUCUUAACAUCGUGGACCCAAGACUUCCGUUUGCUAUGAAAGGCACAGCUGAUGUAUUGCUCAUCAAUCGAACAGCGAAAAACCCACUGAUUAAGCUGGCUGGGGUCAGCUUGGUGAUCGAGCUCAAGAAGAAAGUCGAACCGGGCCAUGUUCCUCAAGCAAUUGGUCAACUUGUGAGCUGCAGCAUGAAGGCGCCUCUCAAUUGCUAUCCGCUGAGUUUGUUGACGGAUUUAAACGACCACUGGCAUUUCUCUUGGUUCAGCGACAAGCACAUUCUGACCCAAGUUACGCUGAAGUAUCCAAAGAACGCGUUCAGAUUUAUCGAGGCAGCCGUACUGGGACGAACGGAUUCUGCCCCACCUCCUCCGUCAUUCAUGCCUGGAUCUUUCAAGACAAUCAAGGUUGAUGACUUCUUGCCCCAGCCGGUUGAUGCUCGUGCAGAGGAGAUGAUGGAACGAUACGAGUUGAUGGCAGAUGUGGUGGAACCAGAGUUUCUCAUGGCGAGGCGGAUGGAUUAUGCGCGACAGUUAGUCCAGUCGAUGCCUAUGUACUCUUACAUGUAUACGUAG